ACUACAGCUGUACGUCAGCUGUGAGAGGGCUGUGUCAAAUUUCAAUCACCCGCUUCCUUACCACUACACUUCAUAGUAAUAUCCUGUUUGCUCAGCUUCUGUCCAUCAACUCAUCGCAAUGAGCGUCCUCAGGCCUUUCAAAGCCAGCGAUCUGUUCAAGUUCAACAACAUUAAUUUGGACGUCUGGACGGAAACUUAUGGCAUCACCUUCUACCUAACCUACCUUCACCGCUGGUCAGACCUCUGUUUCACCCAAGAAGCUCCAAGCGGCCGAUUGCAAGGCUAUAUUCUUGGGAAGGCUGAAGGUGCACAAGCAGAUUGGCAUGGGCACAUCACAGCAGUCUCCGUCGCUCCCGAGUACCGACGUCUAUCUCUAGCAAAAAACAUGUGCCAACGUCUCGAAAUCACUUCAGACGAGACAUACAAAGGAUUCUACGUGGAUCUUUAUGUUCGCUGUAACAAUACACUGGCCAUCAAAAUGUACGAGGGUAUGGGAUACAGCGUAUACCGACGAGUCAGAGAAUACUACGGUAAUCUGGGGUUAGGGAAGGAUGGAAGAGACGAGGAAGACGCGUUUGAUAUGCGAAAAUCUCUGUCCCGAGACGUGGCACGACGAUCUAUACGGCCUAAUGGUCGAGAUAUGAUAGUCAGCGCUCAUGAUGUUUCGUAAACAGGUAGAUACAUUUCGCGGAUUCUCGCUCACAAACCACUACUUCCAUUGCAAUGCAUCG